AUAAACCUCUCCAUGGUAGUACAACCAUGGAACAAAGCCAUGAACCCCUCCUUUCUUCUCCUGCCACCUGCAGGAAGAGCACCCAUCGUUGCAACGCCCUAUUAUUCACGCUCUCCUUAGCUUCCCUCAUUUGCACCGCCACCCUCAUCACCGUCCAACUCAACACCAACACCACCACCCCCAACCCCUCCCAUCUCUGCGCCAACUCCCCGAGCCCGGCCCCAUGCAACGCCGUUAUCUCCACGGCCCUCUCCGCCCUCGGCCGCCGGUCCAAACCGGACCCGGUCCAAGUCCUCCAAACCAUCCUCCACCAAUCUCUCCUCCAAAUCGACUCCUUCCUCACCGUCGCCGACAAUUUCCACCGUCCGAUCGAUGGAACCGGCUCCAUCCAACGGUCUGCCCUCGCUGACUGCAUCCAUCUGAUGGAUCUCUCACGUGACCUCCUCCGCGACUCGGCCUCCGCCAUCUCCGCCGAGGCCUACACCGAAGCUCGCACGUGGCUAAGCGCCGCGCUGACCAACCACGUCACGUGCUCAGACGGGCUUACUAGGCCUAUCGGCCCACUAAUGGAGGCCCAUUUAGAAUCCCUAACGGCGUUGGCUAGCGCCUCCCUCGCCGUUCUAAGCGCCGUUUCCCCGUCUGACGGUGAUGCAAUCGAACGUGUUAGAAGGUUUCCGUCAUGGCUGACGGUCAAGGAUCGGAAGCUUCUAGAAUCUUCUUCGUCGGACGGGAUUGCGGCGAACGUGACGGUGGCGGCGGAGGGGAGUGGGGACUAUAAGACGGUGCAGGAGGCGGUGGAUUCUGCCCCCGACAAGGGGAAGGUGCGGUAUGUGAUUUAUGUGAAGGAGGGAACGUAUAAAGAGAAUGUGGUCGUCGGAAAGAAGAAGACUAAUGUUAUGAUCGUUGGCGACGGUAUGAAUUCGACCGUUAUAACUGGCAGUCUCAAUGUUGUGGAUGGGUCGACGACUUUCAACUCAGCAACAUUUGCUGCCGUGGGGGAAGGAUUCAUACUACAAGACAUCUGCAUUGAGAACACGGCAGGACCCGAGAAGCACCAGGCAGUGGCACUGCGAGUCGGUGCUGAUCGAUCGGCCAUAAAUCGUUGCCGUCUCGAUGGCUACCAAGAUACACUCUAUGCCCACUCCCUCCGUCAAUUCUAUCGAGACUCUGUAAUUUCAGGCACCGUCGACUUCAUCUUCGGCAAUGCAGCAGUGGUCUUCCAAAAUUGCAACCUUAUUGCCCGCAAGCCGAUGAGCCACCAACAGAACCUUGUGACGGCUCAAGGCCGGGUCGACCCGAACCAAAACACAGGGACUUCAAUCCAAAGCUGCAAGGUGGUGCCAAGCGAUGACCUCAAGCCGGUCAAGGGGUCGAUACCGACGUACCUCGGCCGGCCAUGGAAGGAGUACUCGAGGACAGUGUUCAUGCAAUCCUACAUUGAUGAUCAUGUGGAUCCCAAGGGAUGGAUGGAAUGGAGUGGGGACUUUGCACUGGACACCUUGUACUAUGGAGAGUAUGCCAAUAUUGGCCCAGGCGCUGGGACUAGUGGGCGUGUGAACUGGACUGGCUACCAUGUGAUAACCGACCCUAAUGUCGCUAAGGAUUUUACUGUGGCAGGGUUGAUUCAGGGAGGGACUUGGCUGCAGCCCACUGGAGUGGCCUUCACAGAAGGAUUGUGAAUCAGGUUUAGAUAAAGAGGUGGUGCUGCCUAUGGUUUGAGCGUUUGUAUGCGGGCUUCCUUUGAAAUGAGAGGCAUGUGGGAUAUUAAAAAUGUGAUUUUCUCGUGGUUUAUCUUAUAAGAAGCUUUGAAAAAUAUAAUGAGAAAGCACUCUUGGGGCUUGGCAACUUCAA